AUGGCUACCUGGCAGCCAGAGGAGGAGAGCCCCAGCGCCCCGGGCUUCCCCACGGCGUCGCUGUACGUGGGGGACCUGCACCCCGAUGUGACCGAGGCGAUGCUCUACGAGAAGUUCAGCGCGGCCGGGCCCAUCCUGUCCAUCCGCGUGUGCAGAGACGCCGUCAGCGCCCGCUCGCUGGGCUACGGGUACGUGAACUUCCACCGGCCGGCGGACGCGGGCCACGCGCUGAGCACCAUGAAUUUUGACAUGAUCCACGGCAAGCCCAUGCGCAUCAUGUGGUCUCAGCGCGACCCGUCGCUUCGCAAAAGCGGCGUGGGCAACAUUUUCAUUAAUCACCUCGACAAGUCCAUGGGUAACAGGGAGCUGUACGAUCUGUUCGCCGCCUUCGGCACCAUCCUUUCCUGCAAGGUGGCCUGUGAUGAGAACGGGUCCAAGGGGCACGGGUUUGUUCACUUCGAGACCCGGGAAGCCGCCGAGAAGGCGAUCGAGGAGAUGAAUGGGGCGCUGGUAAAGGGGCGCAAAGUCUUCGUGGGGCAGUUCAAGCCCCCCAACCAACGGGAGGCGGAGCGCAGGGCCAGGGUGGAGGAGUUCACCAAUGUUUAUGUCAAGAAUUUCGGGGAAGGCACGAACGAUGCGUGCCUGCUAGAUGUCUUUAGCAAGUUUGGGUCGAUCUCAAGUGUCAAAGUCAUGACCGAUGACACUGGCAAAUCCAAAGGCUUUGGGUUCAUACGGUUUGAAUGCCACGCCGACGCCAAGAAAGCCGUCGAGGCGUUGAAUGGGAAGGAGCUGCGUGGGAAAAAAAUGUAUGUUUCUCGCGCUCAGAAGAAGAAGGAGAGGGAGGCGGAACUGAGGCAGAAAUUGGAAGAGAUGAAGCAAGACCGCGGGGCCAAAUCCCAGGGCAGCAACCUGUACGUGAAAAACCUGGCGGAGGGCGUCGACGACGAGCGCCUCCGCAGAAUGUUCUCGCGGUUCGGCACCGUCACCAGUGCCAAGGUGGUGGUGGAGGGGGGCCGCAGGAAGGGCUUCGGGUUCGUGUCCUUCUCCGCCCCGGAGGAAGCCCGCAAAGCGGUAGCCGAAAUGAAUGGCCAAGUUCUGUCCGCCAAGCCGCUGUACGUGACUUUCGCUCAGUACAAGCAAGAGCGGCAGGCCGAGCUCACCAGGCGCCGCAAGAAGAAGAAGAAGAAAGCCGCCAAGGCCAAGGGUCAGCGCAAACGCGGCCCCAAGCCCCCCCAGCCGGCACCUGCCGAUCGCUUGCCGGCAGCUGCCCCCCAGGCCGAGGAGGCUGCCGCCCACCGUCCCCCUGGCCAAGCUGCUCAACCAACACCCAGUCCUGGCGACACCGAUGAGGCUGCCAAACCUCCUCCACUCCAAAAUGUGCCUGGAGGUGGUGACCCAGCCGCUCCUGGUCCCGAGGUACCCGCUCUUUCACCUCUGCCACAGGCAACCCUGGCACAGCCACGGUGUGCUGCUGGCGCGUCUACAGCGACAGCGACCCCGCGCCCCGCUGCCCGCUCCGCUCUGCAGUAUCGCUACAACGAAGGCGUCUGCAAUCCGCAGCAGCUGGGGGCACAGCCACGACAGAAGCGGCCCGUUGCCCGUGAGCAAGGGGGGAGGUGUCUGAUUGCUUCCACCCUGGCAUCGGCCUCUCCCGAAGACCAAAAGAAGAUGCUGGGUGAGUGGCUCUUCCCUCUGAUUCAGGCCUUACAGCCCACUCUGGCGAGUAAAAUCACAGGCAUGCUGUUAGAGAUGGAUAACUCGGAACUUCUGCUUAUGCUCGAGUCUCCAGAGUCCCUCUGUUCUAAAGUUGACGAAGCUGUAGCUGUGCUAGAAGCCUGCCAGGCCCAACAGAGCGAGAGGAAGACUGUCAGUGCCACCGGGGUUCCAGCUUUAAAGCCGACCAGGGCCCACAAGAAGAAACUCCUGCUUCACUAA